AGCGGGGGCGGCACGCAGCGCUCCCCGCUGCCGGGCGCCGGUGACCUUGGCGGAGCGGAGCCGCGCUGACGGUCUACCGGCAUCUGCGCCGGGAGCGCGGGGCUGGGCCAGGCCUCGGGAGGCAGCGGUGGGAGCGAGACCGCAGGGAGCCGGUGCGGGAGGUGCUGCACAAGGACGGGCUGCUGGAUGCGAGGUUUCUCCGUACUUGUUGCUGCAGAGCUGCAGUGAGGGAUACGCAGCAGCGCUCACCGUCAGAGCUCAGCUCAGCUCCAACACAGAGUCCUAACGUGGGAAGAGAACAGAGCCCGGAGUAUGCUCAGCCCAGAGAAAGCUGGAAAGGAAGGCGCUUGUCAGCCGUCACCGCCUCAGAACCACUGGAGCCUGGCGAUGGAUAUUAAGCGUGUGAAGGACUAUAUCUACUGGCUGUACUACCAAUACCUGCUGAUCACCUGCAGCUACGUGCUGGAGCCCUGGGAGCAGUCCAUGUUCCACACCAUCACGGUGACUGUUUUCGCGAUGGUGGUGUACACGGCGUACGUCUUCGUCCCCAUCCACGUCCGCUUGGCUUUUGAGUUCUUCUCCCAGAUAUUUGGGGGCCAGCCCGACAGCACGGUGUCCGUGGUGAACUGAACUUCUUGUCUGAGUAGCCAUCAGCAGCUCUCGCAACGUGUGAAAUGCAACGUCUUCUACAAUUUUGUGUAUUUAUUCUGAAGAAGUUUUGCAGUUACGAAAAUACCACUUUCUCUUACAAAAUACGGCUUGCUUAAUCGCCAUAGCUGACCACCAGAAUAAUGCACUGCCUGCUGGCUGCACAGUCCUGGUUAAAUCAAACCCAGGCCAGCUUUUGUUGUGUGAUAACGAAACACAUCAUCUGGAAUGCAACACUUUGUAAUAUUCAGCUGCCUCUCUCUAAGAAAAAUGUUCACGCACCAUGAGUCCCCUGCAUUCAAGAGCACCUUCUAGUCUCUAACACCUCCAGGACUUAACUUCUUGGGCAUAACAAAAGGCAGGCAGUUCAGAAUUGCAUGGUUUUUACACUUCCAGCACCCUGAUUUCACCAUACUGGCAUAUGGGGAACAGCAGAGGCUGCUUAUGAUGACUGUGAGGAAUGGCAUUACUGAAAGGUGUUCAGUCAGCAGAGCACCGUGGCGAAAUACUCCGUGCUUCCUUUGGCCCAAGUGAGUGAAUGUAAGGAGAUGAGCAUGAUUGGAGUGCUAAUAUCUGGUUAUUGGCUACUGGUUUCUAAUGGAUAGGAAAUUAGAAGAGAAAGUGAUAUGAGUAUGAACUUGAAUCCAACUGUAUGCACGUAAGCUGCAUCUGGUUUCAGAUAGGCUAAGUAAGAUAGUAAAAACUCAGACUGCAGGUGAUCUUGCAGUUGGCUGGAAAUGACACCAAGAAACAGAACGUGCACCCCUGCCACCUUUGAGAAAGACCUUAUUUCUGCUCCCAUUCACUGAGGCAAGCAGAGUGCUUGCUGCACCAGGGGAAGAUGAUCCAGUAAGUAGAGUGGAAAUAAUAUUUUUAAAACUGCAGUGAUGAUGAUGCCUGAGCGCUUCAAGAGAACUCCUUUAUAAAGAAGAAGUGAGAUUUAUUUUAAUUGCCUGGGGGACGUUUCUCAAACAGCGGAAGGUUUGCUGGGUUUUCGCUCUCCAUUUAAAGCAAAUAUCAAAGCCAAAUGAUAAGUUAUACAGUGCAUGUAUCAGCUGAUGCUACUGUUAUUAAAACGAGAAGUGUAAAAUGUAAAUAGCAGUGCUUCAGAGAAUGACGCCUUCCUAAGUUUAUUUGGAAACUAAGACAUGUUUUGAAGGUUGAACAGAUCUGAACGUGUGUAUGCAGUUUUUCAGAAAACAAUAAAAAUUUCUUCUUUGGAAACACUACUUCAGUGCUCUCGGCUCUUCCCGUGUUUUCUCCUUACUCACAGGCACACUCACUUUGCCUGCACAAGUGGAUCACAAAAGUGAACGAAUUCCCUUGGGGACAGCCACCGCCUUGCUUCAAAUUAAGGCAAAGAGUACCUGUAGGUGCUGGUGGCACAGCAACUGAGUGGCUCAGGAUCAAGUGAGAGCUGAAGGCUGGGCUGUCCUGUCAAUUUAACACAACUGUUAGACAGCAAAGGUUGUGUACCAAGCUGUAAUCACACUUGGAGUAGUAAACGGCGCUGGAGGAGAUGAAAAAUAUCAGUACCUGUGAAAAUGUCUAUGAAAGCAGACUAUGAAACGGAAUAGAAGUAAGAACCCAAACGCUCGGGUGAAGAAACAGAAAGAUGUGCCUAGCAAGUUGGUGCUUGAACUGAAAAUAAUCCCCAGUAUCCUAUCCUCAACAGAUUCUACUUUUUAACUAGAUAAUGUGAUGAAGCAAACCCCACGGCGGCUCCCCAUCAAUCCUGUUUCCAAUCACAUCUUAUUUUCCAAUCUCUCAGAAAGGUUAUUUGUUCCCGCUGGCAUCAAACACAACCGGCCUGCUCUAGCAGCCCAAGGAAAAACGCUUUCUUCCAGGCACGCAAAGGCCGGGCCUCAUAUCUCAAGGAGCACACGCCCCAAUGCAGUGCUGCAAUUUAAACAUUUAACUUAAAGCAAACAGAACAAGCAAACAGGCAAAAGGGAAAUUCCACUCAUUUCUCAUGGUGGGAGUCCUAUAAAGCACUUCUCUUCCUUAUUAUUCCUGUCACCUGCAUUUAGCUUUGCAGGAGGCGCUUGGGAGAUGGCCCUUGAAGCCUCACUUAACUGAAAACACAUUUUCAUGUAUGUUAUCAACUCGUUUACUAAAUUACAAAGGAGUUUUUGGGCAGGGGGGAAUAGAGGAAGUAGAGAAACUGCUGAAAAUAACUUCCUGCUGAAGAGAUUUUUCCAACCCUUUUCACUCUUAUUACUCAAAAUGAGUAGGUACCAGAGGGAUAUUGUCAAAGCAUUUUGGCAUGUGGCUGUAAAUGAAACCCUUUGUUUUUGCCAAAUGAGAGACAAAGGAGGCAGGAUACCGCUGCCCACAGCUUGAGACCACACCACAGGUUAGGAAACACUGCUCCAGUUUUGAAAUCCUUUUCCCCACAGGUGAAACCAUUCAUAAUGUUGGAAGGCAUUUUUCAUCAGAUUGCAUCUGAACAUAAUGCAGAAGCACUUUGUUCUGUACCAGCACCCAGCCAUGGGAAGAGGCACAGCUCCAUUGCGAAGACUGUAGUGAUAGGCUCUGUAUAAAACACCUUGGCGAGGCUCUUUUCUCCUGCUUCAUUAUUUCUCCAUUUUCUCUGUAGCUAAUUGCUCCAUUAUUGCCCUAAGCUAGUUGUAGUUCAAGCUGACCACAGCAGCUGGAAGCCUUUACACCAAAAAAGGCAAAACAUUAAGAGUAGACAGAACCAAUUAAACAAACAAAGGCAGAAACAAAAACCCAUUCCAGCUGCAUUCACCCUGAAAGUACAAACGCAUCAUUAAAUUAAGCACCGAGACAUUUUUGGGCUCAGCAGGCCAGCGCUACACCUCCCUUGUUUAAAAUUCAUGUUCUUAAUUUCUUUUAAUCAAAGCAAGCAUUUAUCCUGCCUAAAGGUUUCCUGGCCAAUUUCAUGGCUCACCUCCCAAAUCCAUUGCAGAGGGUGACCAGUGUGCACACGUCCAGACAAGGAACCUCCAGCAGCACUCCCGAAGCCCUCCCAGGCAGCCUUUGCUGAAGGCUGCUAAGGAAGGUUUCCCUGGACCGUCCUUAGCUGGAGUCUCAUAUGAGACACGUGGCGACUGGCACCGUUAUGAGCACAGAUCUAGCAGGGUUCGUUCUACGCUAUCUGUUGUAUUUCUUCUACCACGUGACUUAAAAUACAGAGCUUGAAAUAGGGCA